GGACGUUGGUGAUAACUCUUGUUACUCGACAUCGCCUGUGUUUGUAGAAGACAGAGUUCAUCAGGUUGUUGGCAAAAAAACCAAAAGUGUGCGAAUGGGACGUGUCGAGGACUCCAGAAUGGUGAAAUCAUCCUCAGUGAGUUUGUCCUCUCUGCAGGUAAUUGCUCUGGCAGAAGCAGUUGAGGAAAACCAAGCCAAUCUGUUGCAGUCGUUCGCCAGGCUGAAAAGUGCCACCCACCUGGUGAUUCUGCUGGUUGGGCUGUGGCAGAAGCUCAGCCCCGACCAGGUCGCUCUUCUGGAGGCAGCAUUUCUGCCACUUCAGGAGAACGCGCAGGAGUUGAGCAUCAAUUCCAAGGUGAAAUUGUUAAGCAUUUCGAGAUGGUGACCGAACAUUAAGUCAGGCAGGA